AUGGGGCGGAGGCGAGGGCUGGUCCCGCGGGCACGGCGCCGGGUGGCGGGAGCCCUGCUGCAGCACCGAGCGCAGGGUGCUCGCCGCCGUCCCGGCCCUGCCUGCCCACCGCCUCUGCCCGCAGGUGACAAGUUCCGCCUGGUGAUCGCCAGCACCCUGUACGAGGACGGCACGCUGGACGAUGGCGAGUACAACCCCACGGACGACAGGCCUUCCAGGGCCGACCAGUUCGAGUACGUGAUGUACGGCAAGGUGUACCGCAUCGAAGGGGACGAGACGUCCACGGAGGCAGCCACGCGCCUCUCCGCUUACGUGUCCUACGGGGGGCUGCUCAUGCGGCUGCAGGGGGACGCCAACAACCUGCACGGCUUCGAGGUGGACUCGCGGGUUUACCUGCUGAUGAAGAAGCUGGCCUUCUAGGAGAGGACGCGCCCCCGGAGGUUUCCCCAGAGACGUUUUGCCGGCGAGAAAACGGGAGCCCCGGCACCCCAAAUCCUGCCCCGGUAUCCGUGCUGCCUGUGCGGGUGCAGGAGGGGGCGUUCCCCUUCCUCACCUCGGUCUUUUAUGCCUCCUGCGCAGGGAGAGGUGCCUGAUACCGAGCGGAGACCACAGCGGGUGCCCUGCAGCCCUGCCUGCUGUCGGUCUCCUCUCACCUCCAUCUCCCUGCGCGUCCCAGGCGGGCUCAGCCCCGGCGGUGCUCAGGGACCUCAGCCUCCUGGCUGCGUCGGGGCUGGCCGUCAUUUCUGAGCCAUCCCGAGCCGGGCCGGGCUUGUUCUUGAUUAAACCAGCGUGUUUUCUAGG